UAUAAGAAGAAAAUCUCAUCAAUUUGGGAAAUUAGAAAAUGGGUAGCCGAGGUAGAACGCAACAAUAAGCACGUAUUAUUACUUCGGAUUCCCACGCAUCAAGAUAUAUUGGGCAAUGAAGAGGUAGAUAUUGCAGCCAAAGCAGCAGCCCUUACAGGUUUAGAUACGACAUUACUGCUGCCACACAGUGACAUUAAAGCUCAGUGGAGGGAAGCGGCAUAUUCGCAGUUUCAUGAAUGGGCUAGAAUACAAGGCGCCCACAAAGGCACCCGGUAUUUUCAAAAUUACUUUAUACCUAACAGGAAAAGUUGGUUCCACAAGUUGAAAGGUAACCGAAAAGGUAUUGUGUCUAUUAACAGGCUCAGAGCAGGUUACACCUCACUGGCUGAAAGUUUAUGGAGGCGCAACAUAGUGGAGAUACCCAUGUGCGAGUGCGGAAUAGCAUACCAAACGGCAAACCAUGUGUUCUGGCAAUGCCCUUUGUUAGAUAGAUAUAGGAACACAUUAAUUAAGGAUAUCUCGCACAAUAUAACCACAGGGCCGUAUCACAUAGAACAAUUGUUACACUCAUCAGAAGAUGACAUUAUUCUAGCGGUCAUGAGAUUCAUUGAAUCCAUCCCCUUUCGCAUCUAACAGACGUAAGGCUUGA